CGAAAUUGUAGUCAGUUCUUCAGUGACUUUCGUUUCGUGCAGUGUUAAUAGUAAAGAGUAGUGAAAAAUGACUGGUCGCGGCAAAGGAGGCAAAGGCUUGGGAAAAGGUGGCGCAAAGCGUCAUCGCAAAGUGUUGCGUGAUAACAUCCAGGGUAUUACAAAGCCAGCUAUCCGCCGUUUGGCUCGUCGUGGCGGAGUGAAGCGCAUAUCUGGACUUAUUUACGAGGAAACACGCGGUGUUCUAAAGGUAUUUUUGGAGAACGUUAUCCGCGAUGCAGUUACCUACACCGAACACGCCAAGAGGAAGACGGUCACAGCCAUGGACGUUGUGUACGCCCUGAAAAGGCAAGGCCGCACCCUGUACGGUUUCGGCGGUUAAACAAAUCGUACAGCAGCCUGUACAUCAAUAAGCAAUCAAUCGGUCCUUUUCAGGA